AUGGGUCGAAAAUUCUAUCAAAACAUUUACUGGAAUACACUAUUGUUCAAAUUAAUUCUACUCGGCAUAUUACUUUUUAACAUUCUAAAUUUCAUUACCGUUACAUUUCUAAUAACCGGUGUGAUAGAGGAGGAGUCAGUACACAUACUUUGGGUGGUGCAAAUGAUUGUGGGAAUUUUAACCAUGAUGUUAUCGUUCGGAUACACUUUUGCUCCAGUGAUAAUUUCACAUUGGAAUCCGAAUAAUCCGAAACUACAAAACACAGGGCACAUCAAACCUAUGAAUGCUGCUGUAGCCACUUGGUAUCUCGUAGUGUUAGGCAUUCUAUGUUCAAUAUAUUUGGCUUCAUAUAUUUCUUCUUUUUUUGAUGGAGAUGCAAUAGAAUAUUUGUCGGCGAAGACAUCAUUUGAUUCGAUUAUACGAAGUGUGAUUUCUGUUGUGCUUGCUUCAUCACCACCGAAACGGUUUAUUGAAAUUAUUAAAUCGAUAGUGAUUAAUCGGCGGCCGUUAAACAAUUUUAUUCGUGAUCGUGGUGUUGUGAGCACCGGUAUGAUAGAAGACUCACCAUAUGCAAAUAGUAUAGAAUUGUCGACACUUACAUAA